AACUUUUUGUGAACCUUUUUGACUUUAUUAAAAAUAAUUAUUUUUGAAAAUCUUCUUUUUUGUAUGCCCCUUACUGUACGUGCUGGCUCGGUCCCUCACAAGUGGUGUCAGAAGUGGGAUUUGCCAGUAGGGGGCAUAGUUUUUUUCUUUGGUGAACUUUCUGGGCCAUGAACCGAGGAGGACGGAGAGGAGCCCCAAAGGCUGUUUCAGUGGAGCAACUGGAUGAAGUUGCACAAGAGCUGAAGGAUGAAGAGUUACAGGAGGUGAGAGAAUUUGAUGUGGAGACUGAAUGCACUGAACCAACAAUAGCUGACUUGACAGGCUUGUUUAGAGCUCACAUGGCAAAAAUGGAGGCUCAGGAAGCACAAAGGAUGGCAGAGCUGGCCCAGCAGGAACGCCGAUUCAAAGCUCUCCAUCAUCAGUUUGGCCUGUUGCAGCUGGAGGUGCAGGCUCGCACAACUCCUGUUCCAAAUACUUUGGUAGCAUCUCAAGAUGAUUUGGAUCACCCAGAUGGGGGUGCUGGUCCAAGUAGGCCAUUAUCUCAGUCAAGUACCUGUCGGAGAGAGGGAGCUGAAGCCCGUGAUACAGGUCAGUGCCAACUUAAAGAGCCUAAAUUGGAAAAGUUGUCUGAUGGUGAUGAUGUUGAGCAUUUCCUAAUUACUUUUGAGAGAAUGGCAGCAGUUUGCCGAUGGCCAAAAGAGGAGUGGGUAUUUCAUCUGAUUCCCCUUCUGACGGGUAAGGCCCGGGCUGCUUAUGUUCACAUGGAUGUUGAUGAAUCUUUGAAUUAUGAUGAACUUAAAUCUGCAGUAUUAAGGAAAUAUGACAUCAGUCGAGAAACCUACAGGCAGAGGUUUCGGUCUCUUGAAGUAGAACACCUUGAAAGCCCUAAAGAACUAUAUGUGAGGUUAAAAGAACUGUAUGGUAAAUGGAUGCAGCCAAAAAGUAAGUCUAUUGAAGAAAUUGGUGAAGUGAUCAUUCUUGAACAAUACUUGAGAAUGUUGUCUCCAGAGCUACAGGUGUGGGUACGAGAACAUGAUCCACAGUCGGCUUCACAAGCGGCAACACUGGCAGAUGUGUUUGUGGCAGCACGUCAGAGAAAUCAGUCCUGGUGGUGGAAAUCCAGCCGAGAUGACCGGAGAGCAAAUCCUCCACAGCAGUCUAUGAGAAACUUCCCUGGUGCUGGUAAGCCUCCUGGAGGAGGGCCUGCAUUUGUCAAUGCUCCUAAGAAUUAUAGGAAAAUGCCAAUAUGUUACCUAUGUAAUCAAGAAGGUCAUACCAAGCCCAUGUGCCCUAGAAAUGUAAUCAAGAAUACUCACCUGUGUUAUGUGCCCAGGCAUCUUGCAAAGCCAGCCCCUAAAGCUGAACGCUCACCAGCAAGCACCACUGUUGAGUUUAAUGGAAAGGAAAUGAUUGCUUUGGUUGAUACCGGGAGUGAUCAGACUUUGGUACACAUGAAGUGCAUUUCUCCAGCCCUCCUUCGCAACACCAACCUGAAGGCUGUCCGCUGUGUGCAUGGUGACGAAAAGCUGCUACCCACCGCAGAGGUCUAUCUAAAGGUGAGAGGUCAGACUUACUACUUGGAGGUUGGUGUAGCUGACAACCUACCUUUUCCUGUAGUCCUGGGGCAGGACCUGCCAGUACUGUGGGACUUAUUGCAGCCACCAUCCACCUGUAACAUGGUUGUUACUCGAGCCCAGAGCCAUAUGAGAGACGAAAGUAAAGAGUUGCUUGCUACGCUACCAUUCUUUGAUGCAGAAAUCAAUGGCUCAACUAAACCUAGGAAAUCCAGACGACAGAAACGGUUUGAGAAAAUCCAAUAUAAUGCUUCCGGAAUGCCUGUUGAUAAGUUUGCUGAAUUCUCACCCAAAUUUAAGCUGCCGGUCAACAUUAUGCAGAUGCAACAAGAGGAUGCCAGUCUUGUUCCUUAUCUGGAGAGAGCAAAGCAGGAGGAUGGAAAAACUGUUGAUGGAGAGACAAAGGAAAGAUUUUGUAUGUACCAGGGUCUACUAUAUCGUCAGAUGGGACAAGUGACACAACUGGUGGUACCACAGUGUGUCCGUGAAGUUAUCCUUACUCUGGGUCACUCGAUUCCUUGGGCUGGCCACCUGGGGAAACGUAAAACCAUUGCCCGGAUCAGAAAACACUUCUAUUGGCCUGGUCUGAACUCAGAAGUAGCCCAGUACUGUAAAACCUCCCCUGAAUGUCAAAAAGUGUCCUCUGACUGCCCAAGGCGGGUCCCUCUCCAACCACUGCCACUCAUAGGCACUCCAUUCGAACGACUGGGAAUGGACAUAGUUGGACCAGUGGAGAAAAGUCGUUCGGGUAACCGAUUUAUGCUUGUAGUGACUGACUAUGCCACUAGGUAUCCUGAAGUGUUUCCCUUAAGGUCAGUUAAGGCCAAGUACGUGGCUACCUGUCUAGUGCAACUGUUCUCCAGAGUUGGCUUUCCAAGUGAAAUUCUAACCGAUCAAGGGACUAAUUUUAUGUCGAAUCUUCUGAAGCAGGUCUAUAGGAUGCUGGGCAUCAAGAGUUUGAGAACCACUCCUUAUCAUCCCCAGACAGAUGGGUUAACCGAAAGAUUUAACCAGACGUUAAAGCAGAUGCUACGCAAGUUUGUUGGUGAGUCUGGCACUGAUUGGGAUCAAUGGCUCCCAUAUCUUCUGUUUGCCUACAGGGAAGUGCCACAAGCCUCCACUGGAUUUUCCCCGUUUGAGUUGCUUUAUGGUCAUGAAGUCAAAGGUCCCUUAGCAUUACUCCGAGAAGUUUGGGAGGGAAACCCACAGAGAAAUGAUGAAACUAAUGUGGCAUCCUAUGUGAUUCAGAUGAGGGAACGUUUGCAAAAGAUGUCUGCACUAGCUCAGUCUCAUUUGGCAGAAGCUCAAACACGGCAGAAAACCUGGUACGAUCAAUCUGCUCGGGAGCGGCAGUUUAAGCCCGGUCAGAAGGUACUCGUGAUGUUGCCCAGUCAUGAAAGUAAGCUGCUUGCAAAAUGGCAGGGGCCGUAUGAAAUUAAAAGGAAACUAGGUCCUACCACCUAUGAAGUUGCUCUAUUUGACCAUGCUCAUUCUACACGUACUCUGCAUAUAAAUUUGCUUAAAGAAUGGUUUCCUCGUCCUCCUGAAUCUAGCCACAGCUUGAUGAUCCGGCAAGUCAAAGAAGAGGAUGAUUCUGAAGUAUUUCUGCCUCAGUCAGCUCUAGGAGAUGUGGAUCUGAGUCACCUGUCCCCACAGCAACAGCAUGAGGUGAGAGAAAUUUGUUUACCAGAAGUCUUCUCAGAAUACCCUGGCUUUACCACCUUGAUUGAACAUAAUAUUGAGUUGAAACCCGAUGCUGUAGUUCGAAGAAUGAGUUACAGGGUCCCUGAACGUCUCCAAGAAGCGCUGAAAGAGGAGGUGGAUCUGAUGCUGAGGCUGGGAAUUAUAGAACCCUCUAAAAGCGAAUGGUGCCACCCUGUGGUCCUUGUUCCGAAAAAGGAUGGGUCUAUAAGGUUUUGUAUAGACUUUCGUUACCUCAACUCCGUGACCAAGUUUGAUGCUUACCCUACUCCACGAAUCAGUGAUCUCACUGAUCGACUGGGCACCUCAAAGUUUCUAACCACCAUUGAUCUUUCAAAAGGUUAUUGGCAGAUUCCGUUGACUCCACAGUCCAGAGAACUCACUGCGUUUAAAACACCCUGGGGCCUAUUCCAUUUUAAGGUUCUAGCCUUUGGACUGCAUGGGGCACCGGCCAGCUUCCAAAGACUAAUGGACCAGGUACUGCGAGGACUACCAUUUACAGCUGCUUAUCUGGAUGAUAUUGUGGUGUACAGUGACACAUGGCAGCAACAUCUGCAGCAUCUCCAGGAAGUUCUGCAACGCCUUCAGGCAGCCGGCCUGACAGUUAACCCCCAAAAGUGUACCAUUGCAAAGGCAGAGACAGAGUACUUGGGGUUUGUUAUUGGUAAAGGGGUGCUCCGACCCCAGGUGGAGAAGGUACGGGCCAUUGAAAAGUGUCCACAGCCACAAACCCGUAAGGAGUUAAGGUCCUUUUUGGGUAUGGCUGGGUUUUAUCACAGAUUUAUUCCCAACUUUUCUGGGCGGGCUGCAGUAUUGACUGACAUGGUUGGUUCAAGGAGUCCCAAUCAGCUGAAGUGGACCCAAGAAACAGUGACAUUCCCGAAGGGAGGGAGUAUGUGAUGGCCAGUGUGGUGGCCACACAUUGAGAGUGAGGCAUGCACACACACACACACACACACACACGUUAUACUUAUUCAUUUAAGAUUAUUUAUUGGUCACAAUUUCAGUUAUUGUGUUUAUACAUUUUCGUUUCAUUCAUAUCUGAUUUAAAUAAGACUCAUACACUUUCAGUUUCUCAUUACCUUUCUUUAUUUUCCCCAGUACAUUUAUUACUAUUUUGGGUGCACACAAAAUCGGUUAUCUGUACUGUAUGUUUUGUUAAUUUAGUUUUCUUUUGAGUUUAAGUUACCGUGCUGCAGUGCCGACGAGGAACAGAGUUUCCUGGUGUGGUCCGCCCAAGUAAAGGUCCGACGUGCCGCGAGAUGCCGUCUUUUGGUUCCGCCUGCAGAUACCAUUGGCUUAAUGGCUUGGAGGGAGAGCUCAUGUUUGGUUUAGGUUCAAUAAUGAUUUACAAUGUUUGUUUAUUCAGAUUUAUAUUUAG